AAUGGUGACGCGUCUGUCUCGAGCUGCCACCUAUACCGCUCCGACUCUAUUAAAUCCCCACCAUCAAGCCACCCAUCCUUCACUCACCACUUCUCUCGUUCAAGGUCGUCUCUGCCACCUCUCUAAGAUUCUCCUUACACCAUGCAGCUUUUCCCAAUAUCGCCCUUUUUCGCUACCUUUCAUUCUCAGUUUGUUAUUCCUAUGCCAAUACUACUAUUGUGCUCUUUCUUGCUGGUCCUCGUACUGUUCCUCCAAUGGCACCACCCACGACACAAACGCCUCCCCCCCGGUUCAAUGGGUUGGCCAUACAUAGGCGAGACCCUCAAGCUCUACACUGAGAACCCAAAUUCCUUCUUCGCAAACCGGCAGAAGCGGUAUGGGGAUAUAUUCAAGACCCACAUAUUGGGAUGCCCGUGUGUGAUGAUUUCGAGCCCGGAAGCAGCAAGGAUUGUUCUUGUGAGCGGAGCUCAUCUUUUCAAGCCAACUUAUCCGCCAAGCAAAGAGAAAAUGAUAGGGCCAGAGGCUAUAUUCUUUCAUCAGGGGGCCUACCAUUCAAGGCUCAAAAAGUUGGUUCAGGCUUCCUUUCUGCCCUCUGCCAUAAGAGGGUCGGUCCCGGAGAUUGAGCAUAUUGUUCUGAAAUUUCUUCCCACUUGGAAGAACUGCACCAUCAACACCUUGCAAGAGAUGAAGAGGUAUGCUUUUGAUGUGGCAAUGAUUUCGGCCUUGGGGAACAAACAAGACUUGGAAAUAGAAGGAAUAAAAAGUUUGUAUCAAUGCCUUGAGAAAGGCUACAAUUCCAUGCCUCUGGAUCUACCGGGAACUCCUUUUCGCAAAGCAAUGAAGGCAAGGAAGCUUCUGAACGAGACUUUGAGAAGAUUAAUAGAAAAGAGAAGAGAAAGUGGGAGACAUGGCGGAGGCUUGUUAGGAGUAUUAUUGGGAGCCACAGACCAGAAGCUGACUGAUCAGCUUACCGACUCUCAAAUUGCUGACAAUCUAAUCGGAGUGAUCUUUGCUGCUCAUGAUACAACUGCGAGUGUUCUAACAUGGGUUCUAAAGUAUUUGCACGAUAAUGGCAAUCUCCUAGAUGCCGUGACGAUGGAACAAGAAGGAAUUCAACGCAAGUUAUUUGAAGAAAAUCGUGGGCUUACGUGGGAGGAUACUCGGCGCAUGCCGUUGACUGGCCGGGUGAUUCUUGAAACACUGAGAAGUGCAAGCAUACUAUCGUUCACAUUCAGAGAAGCAGUGCAAGAUGUAGAGUUUGAGGGAUACUUCAUUCCGAAGGGUUGGAAGGUUCUGCCGCUGUUCAGAACCAUUCAUCACAGCGCUGAGUUCUUCCCACAACCUGAAAAGUUUGACCCUUCAAGAUUCGAGGUGCCACCAAGACCAAACACGUACAUGCCGUUUGGGAAUGGAGUGCAUGCUUGUCCAGGUAGUGAGCUGGCCAAGCUUGAGAUGCUAAUCCUUCUCCACCACCUCACCACCUCUUACAGGUGGCAAGCCGUGGGAGUUGAAGAAGGGAUACAAUAUGGCCCUUUCCCUGUACCCAAACAGGGAUUGCCGAUAAAGGUAACCCUAAGGAAGAAGACGGAGCCGUGAGCAUAUAGGAUCAGUUUUUGGGUUCUUGACGACGACGGAAAUGUUGUCCAGUGGGGACAAAAGCAACAUAUCCCCGGCCAUUGAGUUUUCUUUUUUCUUUUUCAUUUCUGUUUUUCAAAUUUGUCGUUGGGAAUCCUCUGUAUUUGCAAGCUGUCUUGGGGUGGAUAUUGUCUAGUACUUUAACGUAGGAGCUAGUACUGAUCGAUCAGUCCUGGCCUGCCGACGUUGCAUCGUUAACGUGUGUAACGAAUAUAUCAUGUUCUGUGCAGAAAAAUAAAAAUCUCACCAAUUUGGCAGAUGUGUUCGCAUGUGCUGUUAAUUGAAAGGAACGUGGUUUUUUGAGGAUCAAA